AAUGUCAGUGAAACCUAGGUAGCACUGAAACGCCCCGCCCGGCUCCGGGUGCUUUCCAGACUGGCCCGAAAUUUCUCUCCCGUGUCAUCGGAAAGGCUUUUCUGUCUAACGUGCAAGGCUCCGCAGUGACUUGGUGCCACCAGCUUCCUUGAGACCUAGCUCCUGGCUUCUGGUGGACUAAGCCUUCGCUUCGCGGACCAUGAGAAAACUGGGGAGAGGGGAGGCUUGGGUCACUGGGUGCCGGCCCCCGCCCCUGCAGCUCUCGGGCACUUUGUUUCCAGUGUGCAACAGUCGGCGGCGACAGCAGCCCUGCGCAGCCCGGGACUUGGCAAGCCCUUGCUAGCGCGCGCGCUCCUCCUCCUGCCGCCCGGCCCAGCCCGGCGGCGCGUCUCGGAGGUGCAAACCGGGCGACAUCCAGAUCCGCCCGCAGUUGGGCAGCUGCUGGCGGUGCCCACAGGGCCCAGCCCCGAGCACCCAGUUAGAGGGAGCUCUCGGGGUUGCCGAGGAGAGGAAGGGGCGGGAGGAGCCUUCUCUUGAAGCCAACGGGGCUUUAGGCCGGGGCUAGGAAGGAGCGGGAGAUGCCGUGGCUGCUCGCAGGACACUGAUGAUCCGCUUGCUCGGCGGCGUCAUGUCAUUCCAGCCUAUGCCGCCGCCGCCGCCGCCGCCGCCGCCGCCGCCGCCGCCCUCCCGAACUCCGGGGGGCCCCGCGCGCCAGCUAUCCCGGAGGCCCGGCGUGCCGCCCGCGCCCUCGCCGCCUGCCGCCGCCGCCGCCGCCGCCGGGGAGAAGAAGAAGCGGCCGCCUGAGAUGCUGCUCUCCAGCUCCUGGCCCUCCGCCACCCUGAAGAGGCCGCCAGGCCGCCGCGGUCCCGGCCUGGGUCCCGGCACCCCGCAGCCGCCGACCUCCGCACGCGUUCUGCCCCAGUCCUCUCCGGGCCGUGGGGGAGCCUCUACCACGUGCUCCGCGCCCCGGAGGGUCGCCUGCAGCCACAGCCCAGGGGGAGCCACCGCCGCGGGGACGCCUGCGGGGGCGGGGUCCGGGCCAGACGACACCACGCGCUUCUCCUUGAGCCUCACUCCUGAAGCCAUCCUGGUCAUCCAGAGGCGCCACCUGGAGAAGCAGCUGCUGGCACGGCCCCGCAGGCCCUUCCCCACACCCUCGCCCGACCCUCGGCGCCCACUCGUCCCCUGCCCCCGGACCAGGACCGCGACCCUGCGGAGGGGCGGCCCCACCAGUGUCCCCGACGCGCCCCUGGCUGUGGCUGUCAGCAGCCGCCCACCCGGCGCCUCGCUGAUGCCGGGAGGUCUGCAGGCCACGAUGCCCAGCCACCGCCCCUCCAGCCUGCGCCCGGUGCUCAAGGUGUCGCUGCUCAAUGAGAAACACAAGUACGACGAUGAGGAGUACGAGGAGGAGGUGGAGGUGGUGGACGAGGGCCUGGUGCGCAAGUGCACCGAGUGGCUGCGCGGGGUGGAGUCGGCCGCCGCUGCCAGGGGCCGCACGGGGCAUCUAGACUCGCUGCCUCACCUGAGCACGCUGUGAGCUAGGUGGGGCUGGUGUGACCCGACCUGGCAAGAGGCCCGCCACCGCCUCCUGCGCUCCUUGCCCCUCUGGGCCCUUGCGAAGCAGGUAGGCCAGCAAGAGACAGGACCACAGCCUGGAACUUUGCUCAGGUGCACUUAGUCGUGGGUGACCCACCGCCUCCUCCAAUGCCCGCCGCCCACCUGUGCACCGUGCACCGCGAGCCACCACGCAGGUCAUCGCGGGACACAGCAGACGUGCCGCACUGACCCCGGUGGCUGUCCUCUGCUCUUCCUGCUCCCGCGUGGGGAGGAAGGACCUGUGAAAUGCCUUCUGACCUCCCACCCUAAGGAGUGGGUCUCUCAGUGGCUCUCUGCCCCAAGCGGUAGCCCACCUCCUGGGGACUCUGCAAGCCGGUGACCGCCGAGGGUGGGUGGUCUCCUGUUGUAGAGCUGGGACAUGGUGCUACAUUGAUGAUCCGUCUCCUUCCGAAUCAGAAAGAUGUUGGGUGUUGGAAAGCCUAGGAGCUCUGGUUAACUUAAGUUGUAACUCGGCAGCCCUGUGAGUGAGGGAGCUUCCGGGGUAAGGGAGCUCUGUUCCCAUGGGAUGAACCUGGUGGACUUGUGCUCUGCCUGCCAGCUGUGUACUCAGCCACCCCACACCCCUGCACUUUCACACACACGCACACGAAAACACUCCCCUGCCAUUUCACAGGCACACUCAUGCACACAGACAGGCACUGCUCCCGCCCCCAGAAGUCAUGGGGGCACGCAUACAUACACAAUCACCCACACAUGCUACUCUCAUGUAGAUGAGCAUUCCUGCACAUACACCAAUCUCACUGUAGUCACACACACACACACACACACACACACACACACACGCACGCACGCACGCACGCACGCACAGCCACACACGGGUGUUCCGAGGACCACAGAAUUAUUUUCAAGAGCUGGAUCAAGGAGGGAACAGGAAUUGUGGUUGGCAUUUGCUAAGAAUGCAGCCUUUAUUUGAGGGCACAGCAACGUCUCCCGAAGGAGCGUGGGGGAGAGGGAGGGGCCUGUGUGAAAGCGAGGCAGGGCAAGUCCGCCUCCUGGAGCCCUUAGAGGGGAAAGCGGGAAGUACCUGUGGGUGAGGGCAGGUGUCUUUCAUCACUGUGAAGAUCGGGGACACAGGGACUCGGUAAACUGUAAAUAGUGACUUUUUAAAUUUUAUUUAUUAUUGGAAUGAAGGGUAAAACUCCUGUCUCUUAGCAGCCAUGCCCUUCCCACUAACUAGGGGAUGAUUCUUUUGUAUUUCUUCCGUGCCUGAGUGGACUUAACCCCAAGGAUGAGAAGGAAGUGUUUGUUCUAAGCAGAUAAGGUUGGCUAUAGAAGAGUAAUGCAGUACCUCAGUGUUUUGUUUUCCACUUACCUUAUGCAAGUCAAUAACUGGUUUAAUGUUUAUCUUGUUAAACUUUAGUGUGUCAAUUCUUAAUUGUAUUUUAAAUCGAAGCCUUACAUUUUUAAGAACCAACUACGUAUUUUCCUUGUAGAGACCUGUGUUCUCUCUGUCUCUGUCCCUGUUUCUCCUUCCUUCUCGGCACAAGCUUUGUCAAACACGAAGCCUUAGUUCAGAGGGAGCCACACCAGCCACCAGAUGAGUUACGAAAUAAGUCACUCAUCGGUUGCUCUUUCCUGAUCCUAGCUUGACAGCUGGGAAGUAGAUCUUCAUUGGUUUUAAAUGGUUAAUGCCAACGGGGCGAACUUAGCAACUCUGGUGAAGGUGGAUGGGAGUCCUUCUCUCUGGCGUGGACAGAAGGGCUCUUUCUCUAGGCAGGCCAGAUGGAGAGGGCACAGCACGGCUUCAUCUCACCCACACUCAGUGCAAACACCAGUCCUUAAGACACUCAGCUCCCUGCCUCAGCUGCCUCCACACCACAGGGAGAGUUCCCGGUGCCUCCUAAAGGAGGGACCUCGAGAGAGAUCUUCCUCGCUCUUUGUCCAUCUUCUGGGUCUCCGAACCACUCUGUCCAUCCCUAUCCGUGUCUGCUUUGAUUUUCUUUCCUGUCUUCCCCAGGCAGCUCUCUCCCAGUUCCCCUUCUAACUGGCCUCAGUUCAAAGCUAAGCACAUUUUUCCCUGGUUGGUUAUUCACAGGGGCUUGUACGCCUGGUUCUCCACUUUAGAGAUGGGAGCAUGUUUGUGCUGGAUGGCCGAUGGCUGUCUGUAAGAAAAGGAAGGUCUGCGCUUGUGAGGUCUCUUCAUCAUUGCUGAUGUUCUGAGAACAUUUCUAGUCACUGUGCUACGAUUUCUUAAUGUUUAAAUAAAAGACGGAUUCGAUG